UCGAAUUGGUAAUGAGACUAUCAAAAAAUCUGGUCCUGGUCUCAGACACGGUCACACAGUCAGUCUAAGAGAGGCAGAAGAAGAACUGAACAUAGCUAAACUGACCAGCAGAAGGAAUGACACCUCACUGCAAGACACAGCUGCUACUACCAUGGUCACAAGAGCUGCAGAAGGAGGAAAAGAUGUGACAAUGAGAGCAGUGCUACUGCGGCUCAUUGACACUGCUGUCUCUGCCUUCAACCUGGCUUUCUUAACAGUCACAGAGACUGCAGCCACAUCAUGA